UCAAUACUCUCUCUUACCAUCAUCAUACAUAAAUCACAUAUUUCUCCAGAAACCAAACACACACACUCCCACCACCUCUGCCCCCUUAAGACUCUUCAUUCCAUUUACAACAACAAGAAGAACAAGAUCGAAGAAGAAAUAGUGUGAUAGAAUUGUUGAUUGAUUGAAUUAAUGAUAGUGUGAUUGUGUAAUCAGCAGAGAAUUUCCCCUGCAACCAAACCCUACAAUUCAUAUUUCAUACAUUUCUCUACCUGCUUACCUCUCCAUUUAUGAGAUGGGAGCGGAAGCGGCGGUGGCCAGACCUGCGCUCGUAUUCACCUACGGCACUCUCAAGCAGGGAUUCUCCAAUCACAUCCUCUUGCAAGACAUGAUCGCCACCGGGGAUGCAACCUUCCUCGGCUCCUGCAGCACCCUCCACCCCUUUCCCCUCGUCUGUGGCCCCUACCGCGUCCCCUUCCUCCUCAACCUCCCCGGCCGCGGCCAAUGCGUCUCCGGCGAGCUAUACGCCGUUUCCCCCUCUGCGAUCGCCAGGAUGGACGAGCUCGAGGGCGUCACGAAGGGACACUACGAGAGGCUGCCAAUCCAGAUCGAGAUCGAGGGCAGGACGGUGUCCGCCGAAGCGUACUAUGCACACCCAAGCUACGCGGAGGCGCUGUGGAAGAGGAACGGGGAGGAGGGGUACAACUGCUACACCGAGAAAGUGGCGAAAGGAUACGUGAAGCGCAAGGAUAGGCCACGCCAUCUCACUUUCUUGGAUCAAAUUCGCAUUUUUAUAGCGUCCGACUCCGAUGCUGCCGAAUCCGGGUAGAGAGGCCUCUCCUCCGCUCCGAUACCGGUCUUGAUUCGGUCAACAGUCAAUAUUUGCUGCUGUUCAACAGUUGUACGUUGUACGUAUUAAGAACAACUAGAAAACAAGGGAUUGGGUGUGAGUUGAGGGGUUUUGUUUUUGUAUUUGUCGUCUUCUCUUCUCUGCUCUUGGCUUCUGAAAUGGUCAUUCAUGUUGCCUCACUGAUGCUUCCAUUGCAUUAGCCGUGUGCAAAAUAUACUAUAUUUUGCAUAAA